GGCCCGGAGCAUCUUCCUGGCAGCCUGUCGGUGAGCCGUGAGCAUGUCACCGCUCCGGCCUCCUCCUCGUCCCAGCCUCACCGAGUCUCACCCCCCGCCACCAGCAAGAUGUAUUUCAACCGAAGAGCUAAGAAGAUACACAGCGAGGGAGGACCUUCUGGUUCGUCCGCCGGCUACCGCAAGGCAGAUGACGAGAUGUCCGGGACCACUUCCCAGGCGGAGCCGGUAGACGCCUCGGCGCGGACGGUGCUGCUCCACCGGCCCCAGAGCACCAAGUUCUGCGACAACCAUGUCAGUACCACCAAGUAUGGAAUCCUCACCUUUCUGCCCCGGUUUCUCUAUGAGCAGAUCAGGCGGGCGGCCAAUGCCUUCUUCUUGUUCAUCGCACUCAUGCAGCAAAUCCCUGACGUGUCUCCAACCGGUCGCUACACCACACUGGUCCCGCUCAUCUUCAUCCUCACUGUGGCCGGGAUUAAAGAAAUCAUAGAGGAUUAUAAAAGACACAAAGCAGACAAUACAGUAAACAAGAAGAAGACAACAGUGCUGCGGAACGGAGCUUGGCAGACCAUCAUCUGGAAGCAGGUGGCAGUAGGAGACAUAGUGAAGGUGACCAAUGGCCAGCACCUUCCAGCUGACAUGGUUAUAGUUUCCUCCAGCGAGCCUCAGGCCAUGUGCUACAUUGAGACCUCUAAUCUGGAUGGAGAAACCAACCUGAAGAUCAGACAGGGUCUUUCAGUCACAGCUGGUCUUCAGACCGUAGAGGAUUUGAUGGCGCUGUCUGGUCGUUUGGAGUGUGAGGGACCCAACAGACACUUGUACGACUUCAGCGGCACGCUGCGGCUAGAGAACCAAAAUCCAGCUCCUCUGGGUCCAGACCAGGUACUGCUACGAGGCGCUCAGCUCAGGAACACACAAUGGGUUCUGGGAAUUGUCGUCUACACUGGCCAUGACUCCAAACUUAUGCAGAACUCUACAAAGGCACCACUGAAGCGCUCUAAUGUGGAGCGGGUGACCAACAUGCAGAUCCUGGUUCUGUUCGGGAUCCUGCUGGUUAUGGCGCUGGUCAGCUCUGUGGGCGCAGCCAUCUGGAACAGAGAGCACACAGAUGAAGCCUGUUGGUACCUGUCCAGGGCAGGGGACAUCUCCACCAACUUUGCAUAUAACCUGCUGACAUUUAUCAUCCUCUACAACAACCUGAUCCCCAUCAGUCUUCUGGUCACUUUGGAGGUGGUGAAAUUCACACAGGCCCUCUUCAUCAACUGGGACGUGGAGAUGUAUUACGCGGAGACAGACACACCAGCCAUGGCUCGAACAUCUAAUCUCAACGAAGAACUGGGCCAGGUGAAAUACCUCUUUUCUGACAAGACAGGCACUCUCACCUGUAACAUCAUGCACUUUAAGAAGUGUACCAUUGCAGGGAUCACAUAUGGCCACUUCCCUGAUCUUGACUGUGAUCGUUCAAUGGAGGACUUCAGUAAUCUGCCGUCCAGCAGUCAUAACUCCACAGAGUUUGACGACCCGACCCUCAUUCAGAACAUAGAAAAGAACCAUCCUACAUCGCCACAGAUCUGCGAGUUCCUGACGAUGAUGGCAGUGUGUCACACGGUCGUACCAGAGAGGGAGGAUAACCAGAUCAUCUACCAAGCAUCAUCACCUGAUGAAGGAGCGCUGGUCAAAGCUGCUAAAGGACUUGGUUUUGUUUUCACUGCUAGGACCCCUGAUUCUGUCAUCAUUGACGCUAGAGGAAAAGAGAUGAGCUAUGAGCUGCUGAAUGUGCUUGAGUUUUCCAGUAACCGCAAGCGUAUGUCUGUGGUGGUCAGGACGCCCAGCGGGAAGCUGCGGCUUUACUGCAAAGGAGCUGAUAAUGUUAUUUUUGAACGUCUGCACGAAACCUCUCAAUACAAAGAAAUAACUGUUGCUCAUCUGGAGCAGUUCGCUACUGAAGGUCUGAGGACACUCUGUUUUGCGUAUGUGGACCUGGAAGAAGGCGCCUACCAGGAGUGGUUGAAAGAGUACAGCCGUGUCAGCAUUGAACUCAAAGACCGUGCUCAAAAACUAGAAGAGAUAUAUGAAAUACUGGAAAAGAAUUUAAUGCUGCUGGGCGCCACAGCCAUAGAGGACCGUCUCCAGGCUGGCGUCCCAGACACGAUUGCCACUCUGAUGAGAGCCGACAUUAAGAUCUGGGUCCUUACAGGAGACAAGCAAGAGACUGCCAUCAACAUAGGUUACUCCUGUCGUCUGGUGACACACGGCAUGUCCCUCAUUAUCGUCAACGAAGACUCCCUUGAUGCCACUCGUGCCUCGCUCACAGCUCACUGUUCAAACCUGGGCGACUCCCUGAGAAAAGAAAAUGACCUUGCACUGAUCAUCGACGGCCAAACUCUGAAAUACGCCCUGUCCUUCGAACUCCGCCAGGUCUUCCUCGACUUGGCGUUGUCCUGCAAAGCUGUCAUCUGCUGCCGAGUGUCUCCGCUGCAGAAGUCAGAGAUUGUGGAUAUGGUGAAGAAGCACGUGAAAGCUAUCACCUUAGCAAUAGGCGAUGGAGCGAACGACGUAGGGAUGAUUCAGACAGCUCACGUUGGAGUGGGAAUCAGCGGCAACGAGGGCAUGCAGGCCACCAACUCCUCUGACUACUCCAUUGCUCAGUUCUCCUACCUGGAGAAGCUUCUGUUGGUCCACGGGGCAUGGAGCUACAACCGUGUCACAAAGUGCAUCCUCUACUGCUUUUACAAGAAUGUGGUCCUCUACAUAAUCGAGCUUUGGUUCGCCUUUGUGAACGGUUUCUCUGGUCAGAUCCUGUUUGAGCGCUGGUGUAUAGGCCUGUACAAUGUGAUAUUUACUGCGCUGCCUCCAUUUACGUUGGGGAUUUUUGACCGGCCAUGCAGCCAACAGAACAUGCUCCGCUUCCCGCAGCUCUACAGAAUAACCCAGAAUGCUGAGGGCUUCAACACCAAGGUGUUUUGGGGCCACUGUAUCAAUGCACUUAUUCAUUCAAUUAUUCUCUUUUGGUUUCCUUUAAAAAUGUUAGAGCAUGACUCUCCCUUUAGUAACGGACAGGGAAACGACUACCUGUUUGCAGGAAAUAUGGUCUACACGUAUGUGGUGGUUACAGUGUGUCUAAAAGCUGGAAUGGAGACCACCGCUUGGACCAGGUUUUCUCACCUGGCCGUGUGGGGGAGCAUGGUGCUCUGGAUGCUCUUCUUUGCCGUCUACUCCGCCAUUUGGCCCACCUUCCCAAUUGCCCCUGACAUGCUGGGCCAGGCUGGCAAGGUGAUGCAGUGCUGGUACUUCUGGUUGGGUCUGGUUCUGGUGCCCACCGCAUGUUUACUCAAAGAUUUCGCAUGGACGGCCGCACGCCGCACAGUGAGGAAGUCUCUGCUGGAGGAGGUGCAGGAGCUGGAGGCACGGGCCGUCGACCCGGGAGCAGCAGUGCUCAGGGACUCCAGCGGUCGCAGUCUAAACGAACGGGCCCAUCUGCUGACAAGAGUCUUUAGGAAAACACCGUCGAGUGUGGGACGCUCAAACUCUGUCCAGCAGACCGUGACACAUGGCUACGCCUUCUCUCAGGAGGAGCACGGCGUGGUGUCCCAGUCUCAGGUCGUCCGCUCCUACGACACCACCCGCCAGCGCCCCAGCCUCUAGCCCCCACCCCGAUCGAAGCUUUGGCUAAAUGUAGCAAUCUUGGUCCAGGCGAUAGCGGAGACUAACUUAAGCAACACCCUAACGCCGGGUGACCGACCUCCGCUGUGGCCUUACUGGAACAACGACGUGUCCCCUUGCUGAGGAGUGUGUGUGGGGUCACGGUUGCAGGGGCUGGAGGCUGUGAGUGUGGUGAAAGGAGAACUGGACUGAGAAUGGACCUGGGCGAACAGUAAACCUCACAAAAAGCUGCGCAGGCAUGAGCAAAUCGUAUCUACGCACUGACAAGCCAAACUCAGAAACUGCUACUCGGUUUGCUUCACGCUGCUGUGUGUCCACGUGUGUGUGCGCGUGUGUGUGUCUGCCUGUGCAUGUAUGUCCACACAAACCCGUGAUGUCUGUGCAUGUCUGUCCAUGUGUGCUCCUGUCAUCACACCGAUGCAGAAGAUGUCAAAAUAAUCAUCCAGAAGAGGGGGAGAGCAGACGGAGGACCCCCCACUCCUCCCUCAUUUCGCUCCAUCGCAGCACCAAGCUUCACUGCCAAACGCCACGGAGAUGCCAAUGAGGUGGAACGCUUACACCCAACUGGACCACCACCCUGCUGCGGCCUCUCCGCCCGUUUAUCUCACUUUUCUUCCUUCCUAUCUUUACAUCUCAUAGCAGCUCUGCAGCCUCCAUGUCUCUCCUCCUCGUUCUGAACCGUGUUGUUUUUUUAAUUUUCCCAUGACUCCUCAUCUUAACGUCGUCAGCUGAUCUGGAAGCAGCAUGCCUGCUUUUUAAUGCUACCACUCCCAGUUCUGUUGAAAUUCCACUCUUAACUGGACAUUUUCUCUCUUUUUUUUAUUAGUAAAGUGGACAUUCUUCUUUAUGCAUUAAUAUUUUUUUCUUUCAAGAUUUUUUUUUUUUUUAUGUUUAAGAGGGAAUAUUAUCGUAAACAGAUGGGAUUCGACUGAAACGCUCGCAUGGAUCAUGUGUUUCUCUGCUCUCGUCUGAACGUAGAGUCCAUUGUCUGUGUGCUCUGUGUCGAGGACACCGGUUCAUGAAUUCCAAGUCCUAAUCAUUAAAUCUAAUCAAUCCAUGGCUUGACCAAGACGUCUUUGUGUUUUGAUUGUUAGCUGAGCGCUCGUGCAG